AUGGCGGAUCGUUACAAGCUCGCAUACUCGGUGCCACGAUCUCAUCUGGAUGCCACCAAGGCAGCCAUUUUUGAAGCUGGCGGCGGCACCUAUGAUAACGGAAAAUAUGUCCACGUCGCUUUCGAGAGCCCAGGCACAUGCCAAUUCAUACCCGUCUCUGCUGCAGGAGCAACCCCUCACACUGGUGCCAUCGAUCGACUCGCACAAGUACCCGAAUAUAAGGUCGAGAUUCUUUGCGUUGGGCGGGAUGUUACUAGAGAGGCAGUCUCUGCCUUGAAGAGGUACUUGGACCCAGCCAUGGGCGAUUCAAGGGAGCACUGGAUGCUGACAAAGGCUGCAGAACGCAUCCAUACGAGGUGCCGCCGUAUGAAGUGCACAAACUCGAAGACUUCUAAGGUUUAA